GAGAGAGAAGGGACAUGUUAGAGGCUGGCAGGGCCGCGGAGCUGCUCGUCUAGACAGGGGGUAACGGGCACCCUUUCAGAGAUGGGCAACGGCGCCCAACGAGAAAGGACGCGGAUCUGAGCUGAGUAGCUACAAGCCGGACUUGGUGUAUUGCUCCCGGACGUCCAUAUGCAAGAGUUAUUUUAUGUUUGAAAUGUGGGAGAUGGUGGCGUUACCAAGAGCGAGCUCUCCCUUCCUGUCGUCUAGGACAAGAUGGCAGCAAUGCAGGCGAACUGUGCAUGGGAUGGAUUUAUAAGUCCAUAACAUGCCCAGAGAAGCCCUGGAUUAUACUUAAAGUGACUCUAUGUGAAGGUAUGGCCUCACAAGUCUUGGUCUACCCACCACACAUUUAUCAAACCCAGACAAGUGCCUUUAGCAGUGUGAAGAAACUCAAAGUUGAGCCCAGCAGCUGUGUGUACCAUGAGAGGGCACAUCCGCGGACCUUUCUGAACAGCAGAACCGUUGGCAUUGCACACCCGACCAAACAAGCCCAUUCGUUUGUGCACCGAGACUUAGCAGUGGGCCUGAGAGCACGUGGAGGACAGCAGUACCCGGUGCAGACAGUUGUGGUUCGCGGCGUACAAAGACAACAGCCUGUUAAAAGAAGAGGGGGACCAGGCCCACUUGUGGCCCAGCAGCAACAGGAGGCGAGGGCCAUCGACUCACAGGCCAAGGAGCAGCAGCAUCAGGCGGUUGAAGAAAGUGGGAGCAGCGGUGGAGCAACAGGAGCAGGAGGAGGGGGAAGGGGAGAGGGCUGCAGUGGGGGAGCUGAGGAAGGAGGAGAGGGGGAGGAGGGUGACAGAGAGGAGAACUGUGAAAGUUUGAACUCAGCUGACAGCUCUCAGCGAUGUGGGCUGAAACGUAAAAGUGAGGACCUGGAUAACCGAGGGAGCACCAUGCAGAUUGUGGAGGAACUGUCUAUGUUGCCUGCCAUGUUGCAAACGACGAAUGUGGGGAAUGCAGCCGUUACUGUGCCGACGGCUGUUGGGGCUGGGGGAGGCCCCUCCAAACAGGGUGUAGGGCAUGGGGGUGUAUGUGCAACUGGAGGGACAGGAGGAGGUGAUGGGGACUAUCAGGUAGUACAGCACGAAGUCCUGUGUUCCAUGAAGAAUACUUACGAAGUGCUAGAUUUCUUGGGUCGAGGCACAUUCGGCCAGGUAGUGAAGUGCUGGAAGAGGGGGACUGGGGAGGUUGUGGCUGUGAAGAUCCUGAAGAAUCACCCUUCAUACGCAAGGCAGGGUCAGAUUGAAGUUGGGAUCCUUGCACGCCUGAGUGGGGAGAACGCUGAUGAGCACAACCUGGUGCGGGCCUUCGAAUGCUUCCAGCACCGCAGCCACACUUGCCUCGUAUUUGAGAUGCUUGAGCAAAAUUUGUAUGAUUUCCUGAAGAAGAAUAAGUUCAGUCCGCUGCCAUUGAAGGUGAUUAGACCUGUGCUACAGCAGGUAGCUACAGCUCUGAAAAAAUUGAAGAGCAUGGGUCUGAUUCAUGCAGACUUAAAGCCAGAGAACAUAAUGCUGGUGGACCCAGUGAGGCAGCCCUACAGGGUGAAGGUCAUAGACUUCGGCUCAGCCAGUCACGUGUCCAAAGCGGUGUGUUCGACGUACCUUCAGUCUCGGUACUAUAGGGCUCCGGAGAUCAUUUUGGGAUUGCCGUUUUGUGAAGCCAUAGACAUGUGGUCCCUAGGUUGUGUGAUUGCUGAGCUUUUUCUGGGCUGGCCUCUUUACCCCGGGGCCCUGGAGUACGACCAGAUUCGCUACAUCUCACAGACACAAGGUUUGCCAGGCGAACAAUUACUAAAUACGGGGACAAAGACAGCACGGUUCUUUUGCAAAGAGUCGGACUCGCCUUAUGCAGCGUGGAGACUGAAGUCAACAGAUGAACACGAGACGGAGACGGGAAUGAAAUCAAAGGAAGCGAGGAAGUACAUCUUCAGCUGUUUGGAUGACAUAGCGCACGUGAACUUGAUGAUGAAUCUGGAAGGUUGUGACUUGUUAGCGGAGAAGGCUGACCGGCGGGAGUUCGUGGGCCUGCUCAAGAAGAUGUUGCUGAUCGACGCAGAAGAGAGGAUCGCCCCUGCCGAAGCGCUCAUCCACCCGUUUGUGACGAUGCAACACCUGCUCGACUUCCCCCACAGCAACCAUGUGAAGUCGUGUUUCCACAUCAUGGACGUUUGUUGGACUCGUCCCACUGGGUACGAGGCGGCCAACAGAAACAAAGGUCCUUUCGUUAGACCUGUAACUACAACCACUGCUGCCUCAGCCAACCUCCCCUUCAGUAAGAUCCCAGCUGUUCACACUCAAGGUUUAGUUCCAUCUGCGCCGUCAGUAAUGCACCAUGGGAUACCACUGCAGACUGGUGGUGGCCAGUUUGGGUGCAAUGAUUCGUUUCAGCAAGCUCUCAUUCUGUGUCCCCCGACAAUACCAGGUAUCCCCACUAAUACUGCUAAACCAGCUGGCUACUCUGUCCGUAUGGAGGCCUCUGUACCUCUGGUCACUCAAGCACCAUCAAUCCAGCCAUUGCAGAUCAGACCUGGAGUCAUCACUCAGGCCUGGUCGAGCCGUGCCCAGCAGAUCUUGGUGCCCACUUGGCAGCAGGUUACGUCUGUCCCCCCACCAUCAACCACACUGGCUUCUGACACUGUGACUGGCACACAGAGAUUAAGUGACUGGGGGAAAGUGCGUCCCCAUGGUAACCAUUUCAGCUCCAUGAUUGCACACCCUCAGCCAUUCCUAACCAACCAAAUGACCAUGUCCACCCACCAGCCGGUCAACAUAGGCAUCGCACACGUGGUGUGGCCACAGCCAGCGGCAAACAAGCGAGCAAAACCUUGUGUGAACAGGGGCAGCAGCACCUCCCAAAACACAAACAUCCAGAAUGUGGCAUGCCAGUCCCCAAAGAUGGCCGAUACAGCAAAGAAUGUGGAGGAAAUUGAGGAGGAGGGAGCCAGAUGUCAAGAAGAAGGGCGCACCAUAGGAGAGGGACGAGUGGAGGAUCAGGUCGAGGAGGACGACGAGGAGAGCUGCUGCAAAGUGGAGCCGGACUGCGAGGAGCUCUCGGUUUCGCAGGAGCAGCGGCAGGAAAUGUUGAUCUCUGGCCUCGCCAGCCCGACUGUUAGCGUCAUCAGUAUCAGCAGCGAUGAGGAGGAGGACGCACAAAGACACUCAAUGGGCGAGUGUAAGGGCAGUGCGGAUUGUGAAGCAUGUCAGAGCACCAUCAGUAUGGAGAGAGUAUGUUCUCUCAGCAGUCCAGACAGCACGCUCAGCACCAGCUCUUCAGCUUCAGCCCAGUCCAACAACUCCCCAUGCAAACAACCCAAUAGCAUGUCGGAUGACGAACAGGAGAGCGGUUGUGACACGGUGGAGAGCUCGCCUGCCUCGCACAACUCCGGCCACAGCAGCAGUCCCUUUACUGAGCGCCGCUACAUCGCCGACAGCAACCAGAACUGUGAGCCGCGUGUGGCGUGCGUUGCCCCCGAGACUGAGCCCAGCAAGCCUACAAUACGCACCGUUGUGGUGCCUCCGAUGCGGGUGCAGAACAAUAACAACUGUUCGAUCAGCGAGACACCUGGAAACGCAGGUCACAUGGCCUGGGAUUAUGCUGUGUUAGUAGGCCACAGAGGUUCUCACAGAGUCUUCGUGCCACUCCAGAGGGCGAGGCAUUCCUGGGCGACAGCAUCACCACUCCACACCGCUCCUCAACAGGCCGCAGAAAAUCGGCCCCGUGUUCCAGCCCCAGCAACAGCAGCCUAUGGGCUUUGGGCAGGUCCAGCAUUUCACUUCAUGCCACCAAGAAUGGAACGGGAACUUUGCCAACCGGCGACCACAGGCGUACAUCCCUCCCACCAUGCAUGGGCACACCUUCACGCUUUCCCACAGCAGUCCAAACCACACAACAGGCCCCCACCCCCACCUUGGGGGCCACCCGCAUUCUCAGCCUACCCUGUUGUCGUACCCUCCGUCUGGCCCUCUGGUUACAGCGGCCCCCGUGGCCCACCUGCUGGCUUCCCCUGGCGCCUCCCGCCCCGUCCUCCAGCCCACCUAUGGCAUAUCCCACCCGGCAGGCAUUGUGCACCAAGUGGCAGUGGGUAUCAACCCCCGGCUGCUCCCCUCCCCCACCUUGCAUCCACAGAGCCAGUUCAAGCCCCUGUUCCCCCCGCACUCUUACAUCGCCUCACCUGCUUAUGGCAGUUUCCCCCUCAGCCCCACCAAACUAAACCAGUACCCCUACAUCUGAGCAUGGCUCUGGUACCUUUCCUACCACCUGGGGGCUAAGCAGGGCAGCAUCCCAUCCUAAACCACAAACAACAUGGUUUUCAUUUCUAAUAAUAAAAAGAAACAAAACAAAACCAUGGCACAACCACAGAGAAAACAAGCUAUUUUUUGAAUCAUGUCGACUCGGUUGUAAUUGAACUUUUAAGCUUUAAAAAAAGAAAGAAAAAGAAAAAAAAAGAGUUCCAACGGUGGAGAUGAUCUGGCAAAAAUUAAGAAGGAAAUAAUGUAUGAAUGAUUGAAUGAUGGAAUGAAUGAGUAGUUAAACUCACACUUAAUGUGUUUUGCACAUUUGAUAUAUCUUUGCAUUGGAUCUUCUACGAAUACUCCUCAAGACAGAUGAAUAAUUGGGGUGUUGUUGAAUAGUUAGAAAAAAAACCCCGGUCCCAGCUAUUUUUCUACAUUGCCUUCUUAUGUGUGCAAGACACAUCCGUAUUUGUAAAGCCAUCCCAGUCUCUAGCUCUAGAUCGACAGAUGCACAUGUUGUCCACGGUGUAUGUUGUACUGCGUUUGAAGUAUUUGUACCUUUUCGGUGUCUUUUGAUGUUCGCAAUGUCAAGUCAGUUAUCCGAUUUAAAUAGGGUUGUUCAUCACGCUGCAUGUGGUCUUGCAUGAGCAAAAAUGUAAACGGAAAGAUGCAUAGACGUUGCUCUUAUUGUUUGUGUCACAAGACUCGCUGCAUUGUAUAACUGUCCCCCAGCCAUAGUGCCUUACAUAUUUGAGGUUGUUAAUGUUACUACUUAUAUAUGACUAUAUACAUGAAUAUUAAUGUACUGGACUGCAGCACUUGAAAUUCCAAUCAGUCGAUGCAUCCUAUGUGUGAGUAUAUAUAUGCACACGUGUAUAUGUUCCAUGCAUAGCCUGCAUGGAUGUGAUGUAUCGCGGACAGCGGUGCUUAUUUUUCGGAGUCUUUGUAUAUUUCAGUGUGUAGUGAGUUCCUUUUUUCUGUUCUCUCAAGAAGAACGGCAUGCUUUGCUGUUGCGAAUGCCUGCUGUUUCCUUAAACACGUUUGAUUUUUGAUUUUUUUUUUUUUACCUCUCUGUUUCCGAAUGAACUAGUGUACAAAGUGCAAGUACUGGAUAUUGCUUAACAUUUGAUAAUCACUUUCUAUUUAGUGAAACUCUUACUACUAACAGUAUUUGUACUGUUUAAAAACGGCAAUACAAUCUAAAUAGUCGUCGGUUAUAUAUUUCUUUGCUUUUUUUUUUUUUGUCUUUCUAAUUUUAUUUGGAGUGUUUUCACUUUGUUUUUAGAUGUGUAGAAGUGUGACGGGCAUGGCUUUGAUUAGGUAAGAUUUAAAAAAAAAAAAAAAGAAAAGAAAUGCAAAUUCGUUUUACGGUAUGGAAUAUUCUUAGCCUGAGCAAACCAUGCAGUAUUUGAUAUACACACAUAUAUGACAUAUAUUAUAGAGUUAGAAUAUUUAGUACAGAUGCUUGUUAAGGUGUGAGGUAAUUGUGUGCAAUUCUCUUGUUUAUGCAUGUGUGACAAAGUUAACUUUUCCCCUUUACAUUGACACCAUUUGUUAAAGGCGUAAUGCUUAUGAGUGUCAGCUACUUAUUUUAUACAUUCCGUCAGGGAGAAUAUAUAUAUAUAUAUAUAUAUGAAGUGCUGUGUUCUUGUUUUCUUUAUUCAUUUAGAGUGGUCCUCAAAAAAUGCACACACCCCUGUUCAAAUGGCAGAUUUUGCGAUGUGCAAAAAUAAGAGUAUGUGAAAGCUAAAAAAAAAAAACUCUUGUAACUUGAUUGCAUAUCUCUAAUUGAUUCACUUUAUUCACUUUGUUGAAGCACCUUGUCAGUCAUUUUCAGUCUUUCUAAGUUUACCCAAGUGAGUCGGACAAACCAGAAAUGAAAUUCAGCUGCUUUGUGGGAUUUGACCUUUUGUUUGUUUGGUCACUUGCAUCCAUUAAGUGAAGCCCUAAUUUGCAGAGACGUUACCUGGAAAGGAUUUUUAACUGGCAAGACAAAUUUCACCAUAGUGGAGGUGUUUACUGUUGGGCGGAGAAUAAAUAGGACAAUGAGGACUUUACACACACUGACGUUUUUAUCAAAACUACUUAAAAGAAGAAACUGAAACUGGUCAGAGAGUCUGUCAAGAGACUAACAAACAACACCAAAGGAGCUGCAGGAAUUUUCAAAGUAGUGGCUGCAUUUUUACUAUAUCUUGCCACAGAAUCAAGUAGAGUCUGAUGAAACUACAUUUCCAUUUUUCUUUUGUGACUCCAAAUUCCAUGUUCAACAUAGCAAAGAGAUCAAAAGAACAUUGUACCAACAGUGAAAGAAAGAUGGCUGCAGUGUUUCUUCUUAAAUAGAACGGAUGUGUCGAAGUUGAUGAAACUAUAAAUGGUAAAAAAAAAAUAAAUCCCAAAAUGUUCAUCCAGAAAGGUGAAGAUGAACAGUUUGUUUUUCAGCACAAUAGUGAAUGUGGGCAUGCACCCUAAACGACAAAAACAAUUACUUCACUGUUAACGAAAAGAAAAUCUGAUUGGCUUAGAUUGGAAACCAGAAUUAAAUUUGACAAAAAAAUCUGUGGGGGUUAUGUGAAGAAGGAUUGGGGACGAGAGAUGUUUUCAUAAUCUGAGAGGUUUAGAUUGGGCAUAGAUUAGUCAAGACGUGGCAUACUGAUGGACUACGGGAGACUGAAUACUGACAUUAAAUCCAAAGACAACAUAUUCUUUUAAGGGUGUGGAUAUUAUGGCAGGCAGGUUGUCUUUUAGUUCAAUUUUACUCAACCCAGGCCUUUUAACAUGGGUGUGUUCUCUUUUUGGGAGCCAAUGUUUUAAUUUGUUGUGUGUAUUUUAUUUUAUUUCCCCCCUCCUUUACUUCUGUCUUUUGUUUUUCAAAUGACGUUGCUUGUGCAGCACCAAAGACUGUAAUUCAUAUAUUGAGCAAGGUAGCUAUUCUGUUUGCAUAGACCUCAGUUAUACUGUAGUUGUAGAAUGAGGUUUUGUUCAAAGAAAAAAAAAAACAGAAGUUAUAUUUAAAAAAAAAAAAAGAAAAAAAAAGGAAAAAACAGCUGAUGUUUUGUCUAGCUUAUUGGGCAAUUAACAAGUCGUAUCAUUUCUUUCUUGAAUGUAUCAUAGAUAAGCUGCUAUAUGAUGAUUGCCACUUCUCUAGCUGUGAAAUUAGGUGAUUUCUCUCUGAGUUUAAACCUAGCGUUUUGUAUAGGUCCCUAAUUAUCUGAAAUAGAAGUGGUUUUGAUUUCUGUGUUUGCAUUCAUUUUCGGAGUGUCACUGUAACUACUGUAUUUGCUGAUGAUGAACAUUAGUUGGAUUUGUUGUUCCUCGGGGUGCGUGUUUUUUCAGCAUCAGUAUUUUAUCCUUAUUAACCUCUCGGGCUCGUCACUGCAUAUAAAUGAUGUAUCGAUGUAACUUAAGUUUUGUAUGUUUUCAUAUCGAUGUUUUGUACACAUCUGAAGCUGUAGCUUGCAGGAUUGAUUUAACUUUCUCAUUGCACAAACACCGUGUUUUACCAGUACUCUUUUUUUUUUUUCUGAGUUAUGGGAGCACUGUGAGAUACCAGAACACAAACAACACCAAAAAAUAAAAUAAAAUAACUACGAAUCCAACGUGCCCCUUUCACAUUAGACACUUGUUGCAAAGCUCUUACGGCUAGCGAGGCUUGGAAAUGUUCGAUUAAAGUAAGAAACGUGAAUUCACCCCCGAUGCUUUUUGCUCCAAAACAGUUUUCGCAACUUGUUUUAUGUCAAAAAUGAUUACAAGUACUUACUGCAACCUUUUGUAUCUGUUCAAUGUUCUAUCUGCUUAAGAGUAUCAGUCGGAUAUUCUAACCUGCCUUGCGUUUAGAUCGCUCUCCCCUUUAUGAGUGACUCAUAUCAAAGUGUUUUUGUCAGCGCGAGGCGGUGGCCGUUGUUAUGUGUCCUUUACUGAAACUGCGACAGUGUAAGCAGCACUGUGUAUGUGCCUUGAGAUCCAGGAAAGCGAACGAGCGAAGAAGGCAGAAGAAUCCAACUCCACGAUCAUGUAGGAAGUCUCUUUUAGCGGCCGCUUUACCAAAGAGCGAGGGGAAGCAAAUUCAAAAAGUAGGACUUUUUUUUGUCAUAGAGUCGUGCCAGAGAAUUUGACUCCUGAUCCGCUCCUCUCUCAGAUAGUCCACGAAAAAAAAAAGCCUCUGUGGUGACAACAGGCUGAUAAAAGAAAACAACAAAAAAAACCCACAGUUAAGACUUUGAAUGAUAUGAUGCAUGGUGAUCUUCAGAUAGUCACUCUGGCUGAACAGCAGAUGCAAUACUUUCCAUUGUGCGGUCGUUGCACCACAAAGUGUUCUUAGAUAAUCUCCACGCUUUACAUUACCUUGCAUGAACACAUGCACACUUCGCUUCACUUUCGUCUUCUGUCAUGCAGAUUGAGGCUAAGUUGGAGCAACUAGAGCACAGCUGACAACACUGGUCUUUUAAAAUCAAAGAAGCUAAAGUUUUUUUUUUGUUUCUUGUUUUUGUCUGGUUGUUGAUUUCGUGCUCCAGAUGGAAACUGCUCUCUACACUCAAACAACGACCCUGAUGCAUCUUUGUGUUUUUAGAGUUUUUUUUUUUUUUUUUUUUUCUUAGCCGUUUGUUUUACUGAUCACAUUCAAAUAUCACUUUGGGAAAGAAAUCUUGUGAUGAUGAGGCAUGAACUAGAUACAUUAGCGCUUGAGAUAGGUCCCCAAUAAUAAGCAUGUGAAAUGUAAUCUGUGUUUUUGACUCCCUCGAAGCUUAUUCACCAGCAACGCGCCUGCAUCGACUCUCCCGGAUUUUGUCACACAACCCAAUGGAUGCAAGAGGAGAGAAAUCUUUACAAUCGUUUCCAUUUUAUUUUAAUUGACUGAAAUCUUUGUUCAUGGAUUUUUGGGGGACUGUGGUCACGUUUAGCAGAUAACACAGCUGUCUGUAAAAUGUCCAGUUGUUGAAAUUACUGAUUUUGGUAAUGACAUUAUUGUCCUUUCGAACUUUUACUUCAGGGUCUCUUAUCGAUCUAAAUGUGCUACUAUGUAACUCUUUGAUUUGAUUGAGCAAGGAUUGCUUUUCUCAAGUUCUUCUUUUCAGUCUUCUGGUCAUCUCUCUCAAUUUCAGAGUUAAUUCACACUGCAAGUUAUGGAAUCACCUGUUUAGAUCGCUCUUCAAUUAGACUUUAUUAUGAAAUCUGAACUGUUACUGUUUUAAUACCUGUAAAAUUUUUGUGGCUUUGUUUUUAUGUUUUGUUUGCUUUUUUUUAUUUUAUUGUUUUAUUUUAUUUUUGAUUUUGUGCUACACUAGUUUGCCAUGUAGCAAUUGCACUGUGCAAUAUUUACAGUAUGAGGACUGGGAAAACUAACUCUAUGGAUGUGAUGUCUCUUAUACAGUUUGCGAUAGUGUUUCCUCUCUAGUUCUCAGUGAUUUAGGUGUGACCAAGCCUUCUCUACUUUGUCACAUUAAGCGGGUUUUCCAGGUGACUCUUUUGGUGAGUGUCAAAAUAAGACUUUAUGGUGUAUUAUUGUUAAAAUUCACUUUGAAUUAAAAAAAUCUAUUGAUGCAGC